ACUCAAUCGGUUGAAACUGAAAAGUUAUUUGAUAAAAAAGAAAUAGAAUUCUCUAAAGAACUUUUCUUAAACAUAUCAAUUUAUACCAAAUUCGUAAUUUAUUUUUCCAAAAGAAUAUUUUGUUGAACAAUCAACAGAAAUCGAGAACCCGAGAAAGUAAAAACCAACGUAGAGAGUACAAGAUUUGAUUUUUCGGCUUCUUCCAUCCGAUUUUGAUUCGAUUCCUAUAUUUUUUACAUCAUGGAGUUCGUCUUUGUUUUCACUCGAUUAGAUCCGAUUCAUGGACAAUAUUGUGUGUUGAUGAUCUGAGAAGUAGCUACACGUGAUAUAUAUUCGAGUAUUUUUUCUGCAUAGUUAUACCGUUACUUUGGAUCAACAAGUUCAGUUGCUUAUUGUCUAAAACAAUCAGGUUAAAUGUGAUGGUGAAAACAAAGCAAAAACAGAAUAGUAAUCCUAAUCAUCUUUCUGGCUCUUCAAACUAUGUUAUUGAUUUGGAUAUGCAUGGAGAUGAUAGUUGGGUGGUGGUAAAGAAGCAGAAAAUCACAAUCCUAGUGCCUCCUAUUUCUGUAGUAACAAAAUCCUCAACUCCCGAUGCUGGACAAAGUCAGCUGCAACCAAUUACCCAAAAGGUAUCAAAUUGCCAAACAGGAGCUCUUGAAGAGACACGUAUUGAAGCGCCUGCUAAUGUGCUGCCAUCAUCUUCUGAAAAUGCUAAUCAACAAAGUUCAAAAUCUGCUGCUGCUCAUUGUACUUUGACAAGGAAAGAGCCAUUGAAGCAAGCUGUCACACCCCCAAAUCCAGACAACGCUUUCAAUUCAAGGUCUUAUAAGGUUUUAGGAUUAUCGAACAGCACAAAAUCUAUGAAGCAGCAGCCUAGACAGCUGCAUUGCCCUGGUGGCUUUCUUGCAGGAGGCACAUUGUUAAAUCAAAGACUCAGGGCGCUUAAUCUGGAGAGGAAGCUGCAAAAAGCUGGAGGUUUAAGUAGGUGGUUGGAAUCACUAGGACUGGACCAAUUUGUAGGUAUUUUCAAGAGAAAGAGUAUCACUAAAUUUCACCUGGUAAAUCUAACCAUGAAAAAACUGAAAGAUAUGGGCGCAAAUGCGGUGGGGCCUCGUAGAAAACUGAUACAUGCAAUUGAGUGUGUUUGUCAACCCUAUAGUUCUGAACCUUUUGAUCGGGCUUACAGGAUUUAACCGAUGAUUUUAACUCGUUCUUCAGCUUCCGUGUAAUCAGUUCCAUCCAUCUUGGUGUAUCUUGAAUUGUUGGUUGUACGAAGAGAUGGAUAUAUUGGUUUAGUUCAAAACGUGUCUAUUGACUUUUCAAAGGAUUGAUGGCUAAAAGAGUGUAUUUGCUUCUUCAACAAUCAGGGACUGAAAAGUAGGCAGAGAACUAUGUAAAGCUCCAGCUCUUGGAAGUGAAGAUUGAGAGCAAAUGUUAUCUCAAAUCUGCUGGGUUUUAUAUAGAAUAAGAUCACCAUAUUAUCAACGGUGUUAGCAUGAUGAUGGAGGGAAUUUGGUAUGAUUAUUUCAUCUACUCUCAGUUUAUUUCCCAUUUUGUGAAGUAGGAGAUUGUUCGUUGGUCAUACACAGCAAUGGCUCUAGGAGUUUGAAAUAAUUCCGAGCUAAUUGAGCAAUCAGUAGAGAUAGGUAUACUGGAAAUUCUUGUAGAAAUUUUGUGAUUUCUUUUUCAAAUAGAGGAAAUAUGCGUAAGGAGUCUAAUCUAAAUAUUGGUCUUAAUGUUUAUGUAGGAUCAGUCUUUCAGGUAUGAAGAAAGACGUCAGCCUUUCUUUGGUAGUUGAGUUUGAUGCUCUAGCAUUCUUCAAAGUCUUCAAAAUCUUUAACAACGAUUGCCUGGAUUUAUCUUAGAUGUCAAAUGCUGUUGGAAUAGUCUGAUCUUGCUCCUCUAGUGAUUGUUUUGGGUUUUCUUUUUGUUUACCUCGCCCACUAGGGGAAUGGUUUUAGGUUUCUCUUUUAUAACAGGGCUUGCUAUUGGGUUGCUCAAUAUAUUUAGUUUUUCAUAAAAGACUUCAGCCUUUCUUUGCA